AUGAUAGAUGACUGUAAGGCUUUCUAUCUAGCUGGUCAAAAUGUUACUUCUUCAUUGUUUGUUUGGACACUUGUUGCUCUAAGCCAACAUCAAGACUGGCAAAACAAAGCAAGAGAAGAGAUUUCUCAGGCGUUUGGUAACAACGAGCCAGAUUUCGAAGGGUUAAGCCACCUAAAAGUCGUAACAAUGAUCCUCCAUGAAGUUUUAAGACUCUAUUCGCCAGCUUACUUCACAUGUCGGAUAACAAAACAAGAAGUGAAGCUAGAGAAGUUCUCUUUACCCGAAGGAGUUGUGAUCACAAUACCAAUGCUAUUGGUGCACCAUGACCCUGAUCUUUGGGGAGACGACGUGAAACAGUUUAGGCCAGAGAGAUUCGUUAAUGGCGUUGCGAGCGCAACCAAAGGAAGACUCUCCUUCUUGCCUUUUAGCUCGGGCCCUCGGACUUGUAUUGGCCAAAACUUUUCAAUGUUGCAAGCUAAGCUCUUUGUGGCAACGGUUCUUCAACGGUUCAGUGUUGAGCUCUCUCCAUCGUAUACACAUGCUCCUUUCCCAGCUGCAACUACAUUUCCGCAACAUGGAGCUCAUUUGAUCAUUCGAAAAGUUUAG